GUGUCUCUCUGUGUAUCCGUAUUGUUCGUUGCAGAGCUGCUGCAGUGUGUCUGUCUGCUUGUGUCAAACUAGUUUUUAGAGGAAACAUGCCAGCCACCCGCUCCCAGAAACUGGCGGCCCAGCCUCCAUCCACCAGGAUGAGCUUGAGGAGCUUCCGCAGCAUCCCUCUGGUUCCCAUGGAGACGUCCUCUUCGUCCUCUUCUUCCUCUGACGACAGUUGUGAUAGCUUUGGCUCCGACGGAGGCUUUGCAAACACGAGGAUCAUUUUGAAACCGACGAGGAGGACGACAGAGAAACCGAAGGUGUUCAAGGCUUCGUCGGAGGAGGAGGACACGUGCAGCGGGUUUGAGGAGAGUGGGAUUAACAGCCAGAUGGAAGCCAUGAAAGUAGACUCUGAACCUCCGAGACGCGGCCGCAGACCCAACGUCCUGAAGGUCGCCAUGACUUUCCCCACCAAGAAAACCUGCAAGAGGCCACCCCAACUCCCCCAAACUAAAGCUCAGGGCUCCGACUCUGAGGAAGAAGAGAACUUCAUCCACAAGAGAGCCCUGAAUAUUAAGGAGAACAAAGCAAUGCUGGCGAAGCUCAUGGCCGAGCUGAACAAAGUGCCCGGACUUUUCCCUGGACGGAGGUCAACGCCUGCGUCCACCACGCCUCGGCGGUCCACGGGAGGCCGUUGGAAAAACGCAGAGCGCCGGUCCCGCCCCCACACGCGGUCCCGCACGCAGGUGGACGGCCCCCCCAGCCCGACGCCAGAAGAGGACCCCGAGGACGUCUUCAGUCUGGUUCGCCGAAGUCGCUACUUCGAGGAGGCUGACGAGCCGCCCCGCCGCCGUUGCUACAGCGGCGUGAAGGCCAUCGCUCACGUGGUGCGGCCCGUGGACGACAUCACGGAGGCGGAGCUGCAGAGCAUCUGCAACAACGUGCGGGACAAGGUCUACAACAGAUCCACCGGCUCCACUUGCCACCAGUGCCGCCAGAAAACGACCGACACCAAAACCAGCUGCCGUAACCCCGAGUGCGUGGGGGUGAGGGGUCAGUUCUGCGGCCCCUGUCUUCGCAACCGCUACGGCGAGGAGGUCCGCGACGCUCUGCUGGAUCCGGACUGGCUGUGUCCGCCGUGCAGAGGCAUCUGCAACUGCAGCUUCUGUCGGGCCCGAGACGGCCGCUGCGCCACAGGGGUGCUGGUGUACCUGGCCAAGUACCAUGGAUUUGACAAUGUGCACGCCUACCUGAAAAGCUUGAAAAAGGAGCUGGAAGAGAGAGGCGAGUGAAAUGGGGACGGAGCUGAUCCUGGACCUGACUGACACGCUCUCACCAAGCAUCGUGACACGACGCUACGAGAUGUUCUUGUUUAUAAAACGUCACGUACUCUUUUUAAGCACCGACUGACAUCUGCAGGAGGGCCAUGCAGCCGUUUCUCUCCUAAAAGCUUGCUUUGAUUUGAUCUAAGGUGGACCAAAACACAUCUUUCGAAAGAUGUCUCAUACUUAAUUGUUGUCGAACGUUCCCGUGAGUCUUGAAUGUUUUAAGACAAAUGGUGUGUAUAUAUACUGUAUAUUCCCAUAGCAUGAAAUCAUCCCUGGUGCAAUGAAGCACGGGCUUGUUAAAAUGAUCUACUGUAAUCUUUACAUUGUUUUAAAUGUACAGCUUUGACAAUACCCACAUGACUUUUUUUUUUCUAUUUUGCAAAUGAAUACUUGUGUUUUUACAAGUUUUGUAAAUCUACCCAAAGUGUUUUUUUAAAAGCACCAAAGGUUGCUUUGGCUGCGUGGUUCUGCAGAAACGGGGAUCUGCAUGCCGCUCGGGUGGUGCGGGGCGGGUGGAAAGGGCAUCGACUCUGGGGUCCACUGCCUCUCACUUUCAAACCGAGAGGAACCGCGUGAUGUACUACGGCGCCUGGUUAAAUAUCCUUCAUUAGAUAAUGUCACUAAUGGUGUGGAAACAAUUAGCACACUCUAAUGGGAAUCUCAUACCUGUAAAUCAUUUUAUCCUGUUAAAGCACAUUCUCGCUCUGCUCCAGUCUCUUUGGCUCAUUUUCUGCCUUCCCCUGCUAAGUAGGAAUCGUUGAAGGUGCCACUGAAGUGGCAAUAGAGUUAUGGCCCCGCAUUCUCCGUUCCGAAGUGCGCGAUACUCUGCGCGGAAUGACAUGGAAUUAACCUUCGCGUCGCUCGUCUUUGAAACGUACUUCAUUCGACCUGCACCGGGACGCCCUGAUUAUAUGAUACUGUUGCAAAAAUAAUCAGCCGCUGAGCUUGCUCCCGCGGUGCGAUGGCAGGUGGAGGUUAUCCUGCCGCUGCUCGUGUUCAUCAGAAGAAGAGGAGCCACGCUCGAUGUGUCUGCUGCGCUGAUCCUUGCUCUGUGCUCAUUUUGACUGUACACUCAACAUUAAAGUGUUUGUCACUACAGAA